UCGAGUGGACAGGACUGCUGCACAUACACACAAGGCUAUAUGGGGCAUGUAAUUGGCAGAGCGAAAACGAAGACUAUAAAAAGAGUUGAUUACUUUCGUCUUCUUUCUCUCGAGCUCUUUCUGUAAUUGUCUCCGAUUCUGUGUAUGGCUCCCUUGCCUGGAACCUAGUUUGAGAAACAGUAGAUCUACUGCCGUUUUAGGCCUAAGUACUGGACUUUGCUUUUCUGGAGUUCAGGUUUGUAAUCAUCGCUGCAUUCCCAGGACAGCUUCAGAAUUGUUUCUCUCAGAGGGAAUAGAAUAACAAGGGACCAACUACUGAAAAUUGUGAAAAUGUGUUGGAUAUUAACUGAUAUCAGCAUAAACUCUCUCAUCAUUAAUUGAUGUUAUAAAAUUGGCAACAAAUACCAAUGUAGAUAACAAGUUCUGGAAGUGAUGACAUUGUUUGUGGAUGAUCAUUGUGAGGAGUCAGUUCAACAAAGCUUUUUCUACUGAUUCAGUUCAUGUGACCAUUCAUUUAGUAUUUAGUGAUGUCAUUUUGGACCAUCUACAAAGGAAAAUAAUACAAAGCUUCUCAUGAAACAGAAUGGACUUGUAGUGGGGAAGCUGGCUGUAUUUCAUUCCGAUUGAUUUAUUGAUCGGUUGUGUGAGAUAAGAAGAGCUAGGCUGCUACUGCACUGAACCAUCCCAUGGAGGACAAGGUCAGUCGUAGUUCUAUGGACUCGCUUUCUGUCGCUGACGAAUACGUUGUAGUCACCCCUAGCGAGGAGAAAGCGGGCAGCACGAACGGGGCCUUGGCGGCCCAGCAGCAAGAAGUGACCUCAGUCAGCUCGUCUGGAUCAGGAACAGACACCGGGCUGCGCAUCGCAGGCAACGGGAACAUGGACCAACUGAAGCACAACCUGGAAGAAGUGCUUGAGGAACACCUCGGAGGGAUUGCUAAGACAACCAGGAUGGUGCCACCCAGCAUCAAGCUCAACCUGGUAUCCUCGGGAGUCGGGCACCAGGUAGAUGGUCCAGGUAAUGAUGACCUUGGGUCACCGCAGUCGCCUCAAGAGAAGAUAGAUGAUAUAGGAGACAUGGUGAUGAGUGGACACGUAGACAGCGCCAGUCCGAAAGACGAGGACAGUCAAGAAGACCCUUGGGUACCAAGAUCUAAUUCUGGAUCGAACCCGUCCACUCCAACCGCAAUAACUCCUAUUGAUAAGGUGUGUACACUGUUCAGUCGUAUCUUCUACCUGGGUGCAUCGACCGUCAAUGCCCCUAAGAGCGAAGUAGAAGUAACAAGGAAUAUGCACAUACUCAAGGAGCAAGAGUCAGAUAAUGCCAUGGAGAUUGUCCUCUCUGUACCUAGGACUGCUGAAGGUUCUGUCAGAUUGAUGGAGGUUGAUGGAAAGUCUGAGAUUGCUCACUAUCGAAUCACUCGUAUUCUCUUCUGUUGUCGUGGACAUGCUAAUACGUCAGAAAGUGAUUGCUUUGCCUUCACAUGUAGUCAUGGUAGCAAGGACAGUCAGCUGUUCCAUAGUCAUGUCUUCAGAUGUGAGGUUGUAGAAGCAGUCCAGCGUAUCCUGACCUGCUUUGGUCAAGCCUUCCACCGUGUUCCUAAGAGUCCUGGUAUGGUGGACAGUGUCCCAGGGCUUCCUAUGUCACCACGGGAACGCAUCCUCCAUCUUGACAUUCCAGUCUUAGUAGACAUCAGGGAGGAUGACAGCGGGAAGGGCAACUACUCACCGGUACCACGGGAUAAGAAGUGCUUCAAGCUGAGACAGGGAGUCAAGAAGGAGAUCGGUAUCAUUGUGCAGCAAGGCCACCAUAAGAUGCUCAUCAUUGAGAGAUGCUUUGGUGUGUUGAUAUGUCCAGGGAGAGAGGUCCCAGACAGAGAGAUGUACUUACUCGAUGCUGUGAAUAUGGAGAAGAAUUACGAUGCAAGGAACUACUCUGUGGUGUGUCAAUGGGAUCCCAACCUACCUGAACUAGAAGUACUUAAUGCUGAAUCUCCACCUGGUCUGGAGAAAGGUAUGUUCAUGACCAUAGCUGUAGACCUGGUGAUCCUAGGCAUCCAAGAGCCUGUCCGCUUUGUCAUAGAGACCAAGGUACGCAUCUUUGCAGCAUCAGAGAAGUUCUGGUAUAACAAGAUCACAACCAAGAAACCACUCCAAGAAAACUUCAGUCUUCUCUUGGAAGAGAUUGAGACAAGCCUUGAGAAUGAUGUAGCAUAUCGAGUGUUGAGUCUUGAGAGUGAUACACAGAGAGAGCGACGUCAUGUUCCUGUUCGUCAGUCCAGUCUCAAUCAAGCCAGAACCCCUGAUAGUAUGAGCUCUAUGCUAGAGGAAGAGAGCGAUGAUGAUGAGCCCCUUCAGAGCGGGUCUGGUAGCGUCGGCAAAGACUGUGAAGAAUCCAUCCUGCUCGGCUGGGGUGAGCUCCUGGCCAAGUGGAGGGUCAACCUAAGUGUGCACCCCAAGCAGCUCAAAGGCUACGUCAGGAAGAGUGUUCCUGAGGCUCUGAGGGGGGAGAUAUGGCAGCUACUAGCUGGUGUCCAUGAGAGUGAGAAUCUCCUAGAGGAUUACAGGAUACUCAUUACAAAGGUAAGCAAUGACUGACCCUACUGAAAUGAGUCAAUGGCUGACAUCGAUAUAGC